UCAGUUGUAAGCCUCUCUGCUAGGGACUCUUUUUGGAUUCAAAAGUUUAAUAUGUACCUUUUUUAGUUUAAAAAUUUUAUUAGAAGUUGGUUCAAUGUUUGGUAUAUUUUAUACCGCUUAAUUAGAUCUGUGGCAUUCAUUUUUUAAACUUUUUAUUGUUUUAAAUAGAUGCAGAAUGUGGAGCGUCAGUUCUAACGAAUUAAACGAUGAAACAAAAAGUAUUCCAGCCCUAAAAAACUUCAAUCCUUACCAUAUUCUAGAGCCGAUAAAAGUUGAAACAGUUGAUAGAAAUAAUGUCGUAACUGGUACACUAAUCGAUAUUAAAACGGAUGAAAAUAAUAUUGAAACAGAUUUAAACUUAAACGGCUCUUAUUUAGACAAAGUAAAGAAAACGGAAUUCACUUUGGUUGAUCUGUUCGAAAAUUUAUACGUGAGCCCUCAGCAUGUUUUGAAAAAUGAUAAGGAUAAUUCCAUCGAUUUUCUGGAAACUUCGACAAGUGAUGUUAAAUUUGAAUCACCGAAUUCAUCUAAUUUAGACGAAACUGAAGAUACGUUGCAGUAUACUAAAGCAAGAACUUUCGAUGAGAUUUUCGAUAGCGCAGUUUCUUUGCGAUUUCCGAAACUAGAACCUAUAUGUGGAAACGGUACACUAUCCGAAGAUACAAUUGAUGCUGUAGGGGACAUCAAUACUUUAAGUAUUGAAUGUCAGAAACCAAUUGAAAAACUAGCAACAAUCGCAAUACCUAAACUGGAAAAACUUAUUAAUAAAGAAAAUUGCGAAGUUAAUUCUAAAUAUAUAGAUCCUCAACACCGAGCAACGAAUUUUAAUAAAUCUCCGCCAGCAGAUAGUAAUUUUCACUUUUACGAAGAUCAUAUCUUUAAUAAUAUAUCGGAAAUGAAACUACAGAGUUUACAAAAUCAAAGCAAAGAAACUAAACGUAAUCUUUUUCAAGCGGAUUCAGUAACGAGAUACACUAAGGAUAUUAAAUCGAUUUUAAUCGAUCAAAAUAGACCCCCAAUUGUUCCUAUUUCAAAUGGAGUUGCAAUACCUAUUUUGCAAACAAUAAAAAAAGACAAUAAAGCGUUCAUUAAACGGCGUUUAGUUAUGAACGAUAGUGAAAAGGUUGGAUUUACAAAAGGUCCGACUAUUUACGAGAAAUCAGUUGUGUUACCACAAAUUAUAGAACGCUUGGGUGAAAGGAAAAAGUUACUGGACGCAAAGAAAAAUAUAAAAAGAAAAUUGAUAUUAGAUAAAUGUAAUUUUCAAAUGGACAAACGUUCUGGUAACAAUAGUUCUGGAAUGAUUAAUAAAAUUGAAGCCGAAAUUCCGGUUUUGCAGCCAGAGGUUUUGAUGGAAGAUUGUAAUAGAGAGAGAUUAAGGGCAUUGAAAAUAAGGAGAGCGUUUCAGGAAUUCAAUUUUAAUAGAUAAACGCAAGUUAUUAAGUAAGAUACAUUUAUUUCCAUACAUAAUUCCUUUUCAGAUCCUAUGAUUCACGUUGAAACAAAAUUAAGUUCUCUUAGAUAAGUUAUAAAUUUUAAUCAAAUAUUAGCCUUAUUAAUAUUUUAUCAGAAGACUAAAUAAUGUGCAAAUUAGGUAUGUCUUUAAGUCACCAGUUCCUUUACAGUUUUUUUUGGAACAACGUACUACGCUUUUCCCUCACGUGACGGUGCCCAGGACGCCUAGUGCGCCCUAGUACACCGGAAUACACUGUCCGUCUUUUCGGCGGGCGCCACGGGAUUGCUUUGGCAUGGUAUCAUGGCGCCCUGACAGCCUGCCGGCUUACCUAUUCGUGCCUCCAAUUUCUAAGCGGGAUUCUCGGGGUAUCAACAGUUCUUAAUUAAUAUAUCUUGAUUUAUAUAACAAGACUGUUCCAUAUUAAUUUUACUUCCCAGCUUGUAAUAAUAACUUCGACAUACAAAACGCAUUUUUUUCGCCAAGAGUGCGUAAUAAUUUAUUCAAGAUCUCUGCCAUUCAUAUUGCGUCAAUUCAAUGUCAAAAUUGCUUAAUUGUAUUUACUCCUACAGUGCUUUGUAUACGCUGUAUGAUCUGUAUGAAAUUCUAAUAUUAUUUACAUAAAUACUUUUUCAAAGUCGUUUACUUUUAAAUUAAGAAAUAAACGACUAUCCCCAGCCUAUCUAUACACGAAAAAUGAUAUGUGUAUAUAUAUAUAAAAGAGCAAAGGACUUAAGCCUGAACCUUGGGGAACCCCCAACUUGAUUAAAUCAUAGCUGGAUAUACCCAUUGACUGCUUACGUUUUAUUGCGUCGAUGAGAUUUUUAAAAUUAAUUCAACUAGGCUUUUUCAAGCAAUGUGGAUCGUCAUUUUAAAGAAUUGUAUUAAACGUGCAGAUACCAUCGGUUCGGAAUGUAGAUUCUACCGAGAAUAACCUGUAAGAAACUGUAAUUAUUCGCCUUAAGUAUUGCUGUUUGGUCGUAGAAUAUGUGAUGAAUGGGAGGUACCUAUCUAGAUGGGCUAGUACCAAGUAAAACCGGGUCCUAAUGUGUGACGUCGGUAUUAAUUAUUUGAGGUUUUAUACCUUUUGAUCUCUUUAAAUUAUAUUCUAAUCUGAUAACAUUUUAAGGCUGACUAAUGUUAACAAAUUUGAAAAAUUGUAUUGUUUACGAUGAACUGUUUUUUUUCUGUUAAUAUUUGAACUUUAUUUAUAAAAUCGUUUGUCCUGAUUCACUAUUAACACAGGCAAAACUACUUGUAAGUUGAAAUUUGGAGCAUUAGAGUUGAUUUUAUAAAGUAUCUGCCAAGAAAAUAUUUUGUUAAAUUAUAUCUUUAGGGGAUUAAAAUGGGCCUUCCAUUCCCAUUAAAAUCGUACGGAGACGGGUGCGGGGUGGAGCUUAAGAGCUGUUAAGUCCUAGAAAUGCCAAUUCAAGUUUAUUUAAUUUCACUCGUCUGAAAGAGAAAUGUUUCGUCCAAUUUUUGUUAAGUAGAAUUUUAAUAAACGACUGAUUAUAUCAGUUAAAAUAUUUAAGUAAAUUUUUAAUAGUAAAAACAUACACAUUAUCAAAGAAUGAAACGUUUCUUAACACAGAAAAUGAAAUCACUUAUGUAUAUUUAAAAUUAAAAAGGACCUAAACUUGAACCUUGAGUGACACUUAAUGUUACCAAUGGCCCAGAAGAAAUUUACUGAAUGUUAAGUGCGCGUAUGCACAAAGUAUAGUGCCAACAACUUAUCUGUUACAAAUGGAGAUCUAGAGGCCACGCCUACGCCAUUUUAAAUUGUCAUUCCACUGUUCCUACUUUAGUUAAAUCUGGUAGACUUUUAAUGUCUUGACCAAAAAUACUAUAGUGAAAAAAUAUUAGGCAGGUAUUUCUGGGAAUCAUCCUUUUAAUGAUCAUACCUACUAUAUAUUAUAAAAUAUAAAUAAAUAUUUUUUGUACUUAAGUAAAUAUUUAUACUUUUUAUUUACAUUAGUAAAUUAUGUACUUAUUAUGUGAGACUUGAUCGAAAGUGAUCUCAAUCAUAAAACUUCAUUAAACUAUACAAAAUUAUGGGUAAAUUUAUUUAAAUGGUAACACUUAAUUUGGUGACAGCGACGCUGCUACCCAAACAGAUAAGUUAGUGGAACUUUAUGUUUAAAUAUUAACAUUGAAAAGGCUGAAACUGAAGUUUAAUCAUAAAAAUUUAAUUUUUAUGUAAAACUUUUACAUUUUUAAAUAAGUUACUACAUAUUAUAUUAUACCUAAUUCUUCAUAUAAAUUAUUAUGGGAAAUUGUUUGUAUUCGAAAAUGGAAUAUUUGUGUU